UGCGCGCGGGCGGGCGGGCUAUGGCGCAGGCGGGUUGCGGGGCCGGCGCUGGUGGCAGGGCCCGGUGCAUGGCGGUCUGUCGGCGGAGUCGCCCUCGGGGGCUGUCAGAUUUGUGACCCAGAAGGAAAUCCCUGACCUCAGCUGUGGCUCUUGGUGCUGGCCAGAAGCCAACUUCAUGUCUGAGUAUACGAGUAGCAGUUUGCCAUGGAGAGCUUGGGGCUGCAGACGGUGACCCUCAGUGAUGGGACGACAGCCUACGUCCAGCAAGCUGUCAAAGGAGAGAAGCUGCUUGAAGGGCAGGUGAUCCAGCUCGAGGAUGGGACCACUGCAUACAUUCACCAAGUGACAGUGCAGAAAGAACCUCUUUCCUUUGAGGAUGGACAGCCUGUGCAGCUGGAAGAUGGCAGCAUGGCCUACAUACACCACACACCCAAAGAAGGCUGUGACCCCAGUGCCCUGGAGGCCGUCCAGCUGGAAGAUGGCUCUACUGCCUACAUCCACCACCCCGCGGCUGUGCCGUCAGACAGCGCCAUCCUGGCCGUGCAGACAGAGGUGGGCUUGGAGGACCUGGCCGCAGAAGAUGAUGAGGGCUUCAGCGCAGACACGGUGGUGGCCCUGGAGCAGUAUGCAAGCAAGGUUCUGCAUGAUAGCCAGGCUCCCCAUAACGGCAAAGGACAGCAGGUUGGGGACAGAGCAUUCCGCUGUGGCUACAAGGGCUGUGGGCGUCUCUACACUACUGCUCACCACUUAAAGGUGCAUGAAAGAGCUCACACGGGUGACCGUCCAUACAGGUGUGAUUUCCCCAGCUGCGGAAAGGCCUUUGCCACAGGAUAUGGGCUGAAGAGCCAUGUGCGCACCCACACUGGUGAGAAGCCAUAUAAGUGCCCAGAGGAGCUGUGCAGCAAGGCCUUCAAGACCUCAGGAGACCUACAGAAGCACGUCCGGACCCACACCGGUGAACGCCCGUUCCGGUGCCCCUUCGAGGGCUGUGGCCGCUCCUUCACCACAUCAAAUAUCCGCAAGGUACAUGUGCGCACCCACACAGGCGAACGGCCCUACACCUGCCCUGAGCCCCACUGCGGCCGCGGCUUCACCAGCGCCACCAACUACAAGAAUCACGUGCGCAUCCACACAGGGGAGAAGCCAUACGUUUGCACGGUACCAGGCUGCGGGAAGCGCUUCACCGAGUACUCGAGCCUGUAUAAGCACCACGUGGUGCACACACACUGCAAGCCGUACACCUGCAGCACCUGUGGCAAGACCUACCGGCAGACCUCCACCCUGGCCAUGCACAAGCGCAGCGCCCACGGCGAGCUGGAGGCCACGGAGGAGAGCGAGCAGGCCCUUUAUGAGCAACAGCAGCUGGAGGCCGCGUGUGCAGCUGAGGAGAGCCUGCCACCUAAACGACCCCGUAUUGCUUACCUUUCGGAGGUGAAAGAGGAGAGUGAUGACAUCCCAGCCCAAGUAGCCAUGGUGACCGAGGAGGACGGGGCCCCCCAGGUGGCUCUGAUCACUCAGGAUGGUGCCCAGCAGGUCAGCCUGUCCCCAGAAGACCUGCAGGCCCUGGGGAGCGCAAUCAGCAUGGUGGCCCAGCAGAGCAGCACCACCCUCACCAUACCCAGUGAGGACGAUGACAUUGCCACCUCUGGCACACAUACAGUCACCAUGGUCAGCGCUGAUGGCACGCAGACGCAGCCCGUUACAAUCAUUACCUCUGGGACGGUGGUGGCCGAAGACUCCAGUGUAGCAUCCCUUCGUCACCAACAGGUGGCACUGUUGGCCACAGCUAAUGGAACGCACAUUGCAGUGCAGCUAGAGGAGCAACAGACCUUAGAGGAGGCCAUCAGCGUGGCUACCGCUGCCAUGCAGCAAGGGGCCGUGACCCUGGAGGCUACAGAGUCCGAGAACGGCUGCUGAGUCCUAGGGGGUUGGGUCCCACACCGUGUUGAAGGAGGCACCAUGCCACACAGGCAUCAUUGCUUCCAAGGGCCCAGGCUGUGCUGACAGACAGAAGGUGGCCACAUAGGUCUCCAGGGUGAGAAGGAGACAGGAAAACAGCCUCACUGAAGGAUCCGGGGCCCCUGCCCAAGAGGAGAACCGGACAGCUGGAAUCAGGGGUGUGUGUCAUCCUCAGGAACUAAAGAGGACGAGCUGAUCACCAGGCUGCACUGGGGCAUCCUCCCCUCAGAAUUAGCUGGGUGCCACUCUCCUUCCUCCAGAGAACACCCUUCCUACCCUCAGUCCAUUCCCCUUCUCAGGUGGCAAUCGGGACUGCUGUCGGGACUGGUCCUCUAUUCUGACGGGUCACCGUCCACCAGAGGAAGGGGCAGACAGCUCUUCAGCCCAGUAGGGGCAGAGCAGGCCCAGCCCUGCUCCUCCCAGCAAUAACCACCUCCCUAGAGGCCUGCCAGGAUGCCUGGCCACUUGGCAGCAGGAACUUCCUGCCACCAUAGUCAGAAUUGCUCAGGGGCCUGUGGCUGGAGAAUAGGUGCCCAGCCCCACCCGCCCCCAGCCGCCCCCUGUCCUCUCUGUGGCAGAGAGGCAGGAAGUGUCCAUGUACAUACUGGGGAUUGGGUUUCAUUUGGUUUGGUUUGGUUUUUUAAAAUUCCAUUUUGAUAUUUUUUUUUCCUGCUCUGGUUGGUGGUGGCAAAUGGGUGAAUGAGUAUUUAAUAAAAGUUCCAAGUUUCCA